ACAUUCGAUGCAAUCACCGUCGUAGGGCAUCUCGGGGUGCACCAAAUCUACGCCUCGUCGCAUUUGCCGAUUUAACGUUGGGGCGGAUGCGAUUCAAUCUGGCCUUGCUUGCGAGGCGCACGAGAACGUUACGAUAGCCGGCAUUUAAGACAAUCUUGGCCUCACAUCACAGAAUGAAGCAUCUCAUCCUCGUCGGGGCGUGCUACGUCGACACAGUCCUCAGCGUACCUCACUUCCCAGAAGAGGACCUGAAGCUACGAGCCACGAGCAUCCGCGUACGCAGGGGCGGCAACUGCCCCAACACGAUGGAAGUCCUCCAGCAACUCCUGCGCGUAGAGCACCUCCCGCAUUCACAAACCAGCCCUUUGACGAUGCACCUCAUCUCGCCCCUGCCAGAACGUCAAUCUCAGGCGACGGCGCAGAUCACAGCCUCGUUCCCGCCAGCCCCAGAUGCCGCCGUAGGGAUCGACUUUGACCACUGCCUGUUCCGCGAGGGCCAUCAGGCGCCGGCGAGCAGCUACAUCUUCCGCAGCGAGGCGACGGGUAGCCGGACAAUCGUGAAUCACAACGACCUGCCCGACAUGACGACGGACGAGUUCCUCAACGUCGUCGAGGCGUUCCGCGGAACAGGCGGACGGACGUGGUGGCACUUCGAGGGACGGGUCCCGGAGACGACGCUGCAGUGCAUUCGGGCGCUUCGGCGGGCGCUGGGCGACGAUGCGGUGACGGUCAGCGUCGAGGUCGAGAGGCCGGGCAGGGCGGGGUUGAGAGAGCUCGCCGCCGAAGCGGACGUGGUUUUCUACUCCAAGAGCUGGGCUGAGGCCUGCGGGUAUACGUCCGCUGAUGAUUGUUUGAGAAAAGAGUCGCUGUCGCUACCGCGGGCGUCGUUGGCCAUGAUUACGUGGGGUGCUGAGGGAGCAUGGUGCAUAUCACUCAAGGACCGGCAGCUGGUCGAGAGCCCAGUCAAGACGCCGGUGAAGCAAGUCGUCGACUCGGUAGGGGCGGGAGACACGUUCGUUGCGGGCAUGCUGUACGGACUGAUCUGCCAGGUCGACACUUGGGACGUGACGCACAAGUUGGGCUUCGCGGUUGCACUCGCCACGCUCAAAGUCCAGCGAGAGGGGUUUGGUGGACUGGGAGACGAUAUUCGUAUGGAUAUGCAAAGGUCGCGUUGACGGUGGGCCGUCCGUUAGGCGUUGAAACUGUCGCCGCGGGCACUCCGGGUCAUGGCCCCGUGUCCCCCCGGUGCCGUAGAUGGAUGCUUCGGCGGGUGGGACGACUGCCCGCCAAUCGUCAGGUAAGCCAGGCCAGGAGGCCGUCUUUUGCCCGCCAGCGGACCGAUGGAGCACCCAUCGGCGGUCGCGCCUGUUCCGAAGCUGUGCAAGAGUGAAAG